AUGUGCGGGAUGGGAGAGGAGAGGUUGCCGAGAAUUGUAUGGGAGGCGAAGUGGGUAAACAAAAAGAGGGUUAGACAACCCACGCAAUGGGUCAAGGGGUUCAAGAAGAAGAUAUAUGUUGCUUGUGCCGAGAGAGAAGAACAGAAUCUAAGGAAAGAAUCCAAGGAUAAGGAGGGUCUAGAAGUGUACGGAAUGUUGAAGGAAGGAAUAGGGUUCAAGGACUACCUACAUGGACCAAUGGAUGCAGGAACAAAGCUUAAGGUAAAAUUCAGGACCGGGGACAUAGGCCUUCGAGAAAGUCGACGAAGACAUAGGACGGUAGACGACAAAGACGAUGAGUUCAAAUGUGAUUGCGGCUUCGAAUGCGAAGACCGUGCUCAUGUAGUCGCGGAAUGCCCGUGGUACAAGGAGGAGCGGGAAGUGUACGUGACUGAGCUGGGAAAAAUAGAUAGGACGUACAGGGAGAUGUUUGAGGCAUGGAAUAGAGA